AUGUCAAGUUUACAUGACUCCUAGAGUCAGGCAUACACUGAUAAUGCGAAUCGAGACUAGACGUCUCAGACAAAGCGAAAUUUUUUGACGACAAGAAACAAUUCUGAAAUUUUCGGACCCUACAAGCAAAGCUAUUACUCUGUGAUUGGACCAUAAGACAUUUCAGAUGAGUAUUUAAAAGCUGCAUUCGAAGGUGAUCUCUACAAAUUAAAGUAAUAACUCCUAAAUCUUCCUAUUUUCUCAAGUUAAUCUUUCACAAAUAGUCAUCUUAUGAUGUAAUAUCAGAUUCCAAUUCAUUCAGCCGAUAAAGAGGAAUUCUGGAACAAAAAUAUGUUAGCCUUCUUUUUAGCUGAAAUAAAUGAAGAAGAGAAGCCUAAUGAAGAAGUUGAAGAAUCUAAAAUGUCAACAUAGUAAUAAAUAAGAAGGAAUGAUAAUGAAAGCAUGAACUCCCCAGAUAAAAAUGAUCAUAGAAAGUAAGACCUCAACGCUCCCGUAUUAUUAGACUCUUCUAAUGAUGAAUUUUUAAAUGUUAAGAAUAUAAAGAAAUAGGCAUUUUCUAAGACUUUGAAAGAACAAUAAAGUCCUAGACAUCUUAUUCAAAGUAGCAAAGAGGGUCUAUUUGAUAAGAAAUAUUCAAAAACUUAAAUUAUGAAAGCCCCAGCAAAAAGCUUCUUUCAAACUGAAUAGGACCUGGUAUUUAUGAGGCACGUAUUUAGUAAUGAUUUCUCAAGAAAGUUCAACUCCAAUAUUUUGAGAAUCGCUUUGAACUUGACGGAAGACAGAGUUGCAGCUUACAUCGUUGCUAGACUACCUGUAUUAAUUGAUGAAAGCGUCAUGAACUAUGCAAUUCAAAAUAAGGUGCUAAUCUUCAUACACAAUGUAUUCUUCUACAAAAAAAAUCAUCUGAUUUAAUCUGUAACUAAGCCUUCUCUCAAUCUUGAUGAGUAUGAAGAUGAGAUAAGCGACAUCUUCACGAUGGAGAUGCUCAUUGCUAAAAUCAAUGAGUACUAUGACUAUUUUAACAGUGAAGAAAUCCUCUCUAUAGUCCUUAAAUGGAAAUUCGAAGCAAGGGAAAAUAUUCUAAAGAUUUUAUGCGAACUGGGUCAUGAGAGAAUUGCAGCUAAGUUUAUGAAAGAUCACUUCAAAUACGCGACGAAGGAAUUUUUUUACUACUGUGUUGUGAAUGAGAAAGCUUACUUCCUCAAGCAUGCCUUGAGAGAAUAAUUUUUCUAAGAAGACUACAUGACAGAGAGUCAGUUCAUUUAUACAAUUACAACAGAUUUGCAAGCUGGCCAGAAAAUUCUAUUUAAUCUAAACCUUCUGCUCUUUACAGAUUUCAAAAAGUGGGAUAUUCUUCAACUCAAAGAUUUUAUAAGUAUGGCCUAAUCAUUUCUUUUGACAAAUCUGGAAUCUAGUUAUAUGUUGUAAGCUUAUAAUCCAAUUUUGGCAAUAGCUCUCUUAAUCCAGUAUAUCAAGUAAAUCAAAUAUGAUUUCAACGUACUUGAUAUCGAAUGUAUUGGUUUAAUAAAGAAGUUCGCAGUUCUUGGUAGAUUAAUAAUUGAAAAUUUGAAAUUCGACGACAUUGAACUAAUCUUUAUGGAAAAAGAUUUCAAAGACCGCUCGGUAUUGAAAAUCAUUACUCACAAUGAGAUUAUGACUUUUAUCGUUAAGUCUAAGCUAAAGUAUUUAUUGGAUAAAAUUUGGGAGGGUAGGUACCAUUCGAUGGUAGAUGGAAAGAUCUCCCAUUUUUCUAGAACAUAGUUCCUAAUGAACCACUCAGUCAGAAUAGCAAAAGGAGUCGAAACCUAAUUUGGAGAUAUUAUAGGUGCUAACUUUAAACCAAACAUUGAUGAUUACAACUUUAUGCCUCAGAUGGUUUUCAGAUAGGAAUCAAUCACUCUUAUUUUGAUGAAGGACUUCGUCUGUGCCUCAAUCAUGGUAUUUGUAUUCUAGUAUAUCAACUAUCUUUAUUUGAAUCUAUUCACUGCGAAAAAAUACAAUGAUAAAGUUUUAUAUGAAGACCAAAUUGCUGUUAUCUAGACAAGUUUGAAUGCUUACAAACAAAUUAAUUUUUUCGGGACAAUCCUUUCAUGUUCAUACAUUCUGAACUUUGUCUAGAGACUAAUUUACAAUCAAUUUGCUGGGAAAAAAUUAGACAUUGAUUUGUGGAUUGUAUUUGAUUUAACUGCUGGAAUAGCCAAUAUCAUUGCAUUCAAUAUCAUAGGAACGGCAGAACCUUCACGCUUGCUAGACUAAUAGUAUAAAUGGUCCCUGGACUAUUACAUGAUAUUAGUCCUUGUCUCGUCUUGGUUAAGAUAUUUCAGCUAUUUCAUGAUCAUCAAUCCAAUUGCCAAGGUCACAUUGACUCUAUUCAAAAUGCUCUUCGAGACCAUCCCAUUUUUCGUUAUUCUAAUCUCAUACUUGUGUCUUAUGACGACCAUAUUUAUCCUGCUAUUCAAAGACGCAAAAUCACCAGAUGCCUACGAAUAUAGGAAUCUACUUACAACAGCAAGACAAUUGAUCAGUUUCUUUAUUGGCAAUUAUGAUACUAUGGAUAUGGGAAAUUACAACACUUCUCAUUCAAUCCUUGUGAUAAUUCACAUAGUUUUUUCCUACAUUUUCUUGAUGAAUUUUCUAAUUGCAAUUUUAUCUCAAGUUUAUGAGUCUAUGAUUAAAAAUGGAGAUUUCUAUGCAAUUUAGUACUCCUACAUUUUUGUGACUAAGUACAUUAAAGCCAUCGGAGAGAGUAACGGCUAUGAAAAACUAAUUCUAUUUCCACCCCCGCUUAACUUUUUCUUGAUUCCAUUAAUACUCGUUUCGCCUAGCUAAUCAUGCGCCAAAAUGGUCUCAAAGUACAUAGGAUAUUUCUUUUUCUGGCUUGAGAAUUGCAUACUAAUCUUUAUUUUUAUGAUAUACUUGAUUGGCCUAGAUUUAUUUAUCUUUGUUAAAACUUAUGUACAAAUCAAGAAUAUUGAUGGUGUAAGUCACAAGUUAUUUUACAUGGGAUUAUGGACUUUAUGUGGCUUUCCCUAUCUACUAUACAUUAAUCUAGUUGAUACUUGUACAUUGUUCAACAUAUUAUGCUUUGAGAAGAGUGUAAGUUUCAAUAACGAAGAGGAAGAGAAAAAGAAAAUUAUCCAGCACAAAUUCUAUAUCUAUAGAGAUUGCAUUAGGGCUAUUAGAUAACUUUAUGAGGUUGCAGAUGAUACAACUAUCAUUUUCAACAAAAAGUAAAAGCUAGAAAAAAUAUUUACUCAGAGGUUGUCUUUUAGAGAGAAACUUAAGAAAGCAGAUAAUGAAUAAGAUUCCAAUGAUGCCUACAUAGUUGAUAAAGCCUUAAUCAUUCACACAUAUGCUCAAAUAGCUUAGCAUAAUAAGUAUAUCUUGCACUACAGACAGAAAUACAAUGCCUUGAGAAAAGCCAAGUCAAAUUAGUCUAUUUUUAGCAACAUAGAUACUUCAAUCAUCACAUAAAGAGAAGUUAUCUACAGCGAGCCUAGAAUCUCUCACGAUUUCAAAACCUUUGUCAGUGAUAUGAUGAUGAUCAAUAAAAAAGACCCCUCUCAAAUCUAAGAAGAAGAACGAGCUCGUAUCUUAAUGCAGAGUUAAACUGAGAGUAUGACACCAGAUGAAGCCAAGCUUGUUAUCAAUUUUUUGAAAAAGUUUGAAAUAGUGAAUAAAAAUUAGUAGAACACGUCAAUUAACCUAAAGGUAGUGUGCAAAUGUUUUCCCUAGAUAUUCAACUUCCAAUUUGUACACAAGAUCGAGCUCUUUAACUUCGCAUAAAUGCAGAAAGUGCUGAUUAAGUUUUACAAUGAUGAUAAAGAUGAGAUGUUCAACUACUAUGAUAACAGAAUGAAGUAAAGAUUCAACAUGGUGAAGAUAAACCAAGAAUAUAAUAAUCAGAUUCUGGAGUAUAUAGGUACUGCUUCUAGAUUCAUCAAGGAUCACCACUUCAAAGAUGGUAUAUAUACUGAGGAGAACUAAAAUAUCAUUAGAGACUUUUCAUUUAAAAAGAUGUCUAGUCCAGAGCUAAACAACAUGAGCAGUCUCUUUGUGCCAGUUCAAACUAGACUUUUUAACCUGGCUAGGCCUUCUUAACAUAUACCAGAAGUUACUGAUAGCAUUUAGACUGAGCAAGAUACAAUGCAUGAAAGCAGCAAUAAUACAACUCUACCUAAUCAGAGGAAACGUAGCUCUAACAUUAGGAAAAGAUCAAUUUUUAUUAAACCUAGCAGUCCUUUCGUGGUCGAAUCAGAUUCAAAGACUCAGAGCAUUAAGGAUGAUUCGAAUGCUCUGAUCAACUUGAUUUCAUAAUUCCCUAUUCCAUAGAAAUAUAAAUAAAGUCUAGAGGACAAGGCAGAUAGAGACCAGUCUGAUAAUGAUAGUAGUUAAGUUGAUACACAGAAAAAAGAAAAAGAGCCAUAGUCUAAUAAAAGCUAGCUUGAAACAUUGAAAAAUACUUAUGAUUCAUAGCCAAAUAGCUUUGAAUUUACACUAUCAAAUGGACAUUAGGUUUUAGCUGAUGCUCAGGCCAAGAUCAGAGAGGAAAUGUAAAAUUAUUCAAAGAAAGCCUCGAUUGAGAAGAUUGAGAGAAGAAUGACUACUCAGAACACUAGAAAUGACUAUGAAAAUACUGAGAGAAAGAAUAAAAUUAUAUAGAACUACAUUCAGAGUAAAUUAGAUUUGGAUCUGCAGCAGUAAAUUUCAGUGUAAAAAGAGCUUUAAGAGCAAGAAAGGCUUAAGAUACAAAGGGAGCAAAACGCAAAAUUUUCUAUGAGAUUGCUGCAAGAAAAUAGUAAGACCAAAAGAAAAGAUAUAACAUUACUAUCAUUGUCACAAGACUCUUCAUCUGAAGACUCUGGGUUGAAUUGA